UAGUAGUAGUUUAAUCUCUGGUUAGUCUACACUGUCAUGUAAAAUCACUGAAAAAUCCCUGGAUUAAGCACACUGCCGCUUUAAGAGUGCUCGUCCCCCUGUGGCAUUUAAACGCUUUCAGAAUCGUCGUUGCAGAUGUGUCACACUUCAUGCCUGGCUCGUGCUUCAAUUUAGUUUACAUUCACCGCACACGCACCGAUACACACACGUUAUUAGGGCAUUGUAUUAGGAGCAGGGCAAUGGCUUCAGUGAGUGUGGUAGGACCAAGACAGCAUCGUCCUAGCCCAGACCAGGAGUUUUUCUUUAAGGAAAUAACGGCCACCGGGAAGAAGAAAAUAACGUUACCGAGGAAAUACUCCCUGGAGAAUAUGGUGACCAGGAAGAUAUCGGUGAAGCGGGAGUGCGGUUCGGUGUCGGUCUUAUCAGCAGUCACAGCAACCCCGCUAAACUCGUCCCUGACCCCGGCACACCAAAGAGCAGCAGCCGAGGUAGGAGGGGGGAAUCCCGGGGUGAGAAGUGGGGCUCAGCCGGAGCUGGUGCCACGUAGCUUCGACAAAGAACGCGACAGCAGCAGGCCUGAUUGUGGGCACACGGAGAGAGACACGACGGCGGCGAGGGAGGACACUGGUCAAAGCGGACGGAGGGCAAGCGGCAAUGACUAUGCCGAUGACGGAGGGAGUUCACUGAAGACCGUCACAAAUGUUCGGUCAAGCACAUCGGCCAACGAACAGAUAGCAGAUGCCAAGUGUGACAGAUCAAGCGCGCCCACAAACGGACACACUGGCGCACACUCACAUCGGGACCGGCCAGUCAGGAUGCGCGCAUCACACAGCCUCCCUGGUGAGACCACCGGGCCGGGUACCAAAGGGGACACCGGGGGGCCACCGAUGGAGCGGUUGACACAGGGAAGGACAGGGGUCGUUAAACUCGCGCGCACAGAACCACACCGGAAGGAGGCCUGGUCAAUAUUUGCCUCCCAGGAGCAGGAGGACCCGCGUGUGCGUGCGGAGACAGGGGAGGGCCACCUGUUCUGGACCAGAACAGUUACUCAGGACUGGUGCGACGUUUGUAACCAGCCAAUCAACGCCCAGCAGGCGCUCAAGUGUAAAAACUGCAGCUACACCUGUCACCUGGAGUGUGAGGGGCGGGUCCAGCUGGACUGCAACCAGAGAGACAGCAACCCACAGGAAACUCCAUCUCCCAGAAGACACUGCUCCACGCCUCCUCAGUACAAGAAUGAGGUCAAAGAGGAACAGGAGGGAGGACCCAAGGCUCUGUCAGAGAAAGAGGUGCGUGCCAGGAUAGAGGACUACAACUCUAACGUCUCAGAGAAUGGCAUGAAACUGGCUGCUGAUGGUUUGUACACUGGCUUCAUUAAGGUCCACCUCAGGCUGAGUCGGCCAGUCACGGUGCUUGCUGUGGAGGGUGCGGGAUUAGAGGAACUGUCAGGCAAGCCAGACAGACGCGGUCGACCAAUGACAGUGUCAGAGGGCCAGGAGGGAGAGGGAGCGGGGUUGAGUGACAAGCGGACGUCGUUCUACCUUCCCAGUGACUGUGUGAAGCAACUCCACAUCAGUAGUACUACCACAGUCAGGGAGGUCAUACAGGGCCUGCUGAAGAAGUUUAUGGUGCUGGAUAACCCACGCAAGUUUGCCCUGUACAGACAGACACACCGCGAUGGACAGGAUCUGUUCCAGAAACUUCCUCUGGUGGAGUGUCCUCUCUGUCUGAGACUGGUGGCAGGGCCAGACCCUGAGCUGCUCAGCUUUGUCCUCAAGGAGAAUGAGACCGGAGAGGUGGAGUGGCAUGCGUUUUCAGUUCCUGAGCUGCAGAACUUCCUGGUGAUUCUGGAGAAGGAGGAGACUGAGCGUGUGCGAUUGGUGGAGCAGAGAUUCACAGCUUACCGACAGAGAUUGCAGAAGGCACUAUGCGAGCAUCAGCCCUGAUCCCUCACCCUUGAUCCCUCAUCCCUAAUCUCUCACCCUGACCCUUCAACCCUCACCCUUCUGUUGACCCAGGGAGAGACAGGAGACCACUGAAGCUCACAGACUACUAUUCUCCCCUCAUUACACGGUCAGCCCCCUCCAUCCCUCCUCCUCACCCCCCUUGAGAAGAGAGGAGGGCUUGAGAAAGCAUGGAAAGGGAAAAGGGGACUGAUUAAAGGGUGAGUGGGCAGGAUUCUGGAACAUAAUCAGUGUUUCCCUGGGAGGUGAAAGACACGAUGAACUGACGGACCCUCUGGGCUCAGAUAUCUCAUUUUGGUCUGACAAUGUGACCUGAUGGGCCUCCUAAUGUUACAUUGAAUCUCAGUUUGGUCUGAUUAUGUUUUUAAGAUUAUACUGCUGCUGCUGCUACUGCAAGUGUUACUUAUUUACUUACUUAUGUAUUUACUAAGGCAUGAGUCUCACCCUGCUCUAUCUGCCCCAGCGCCCCUGCAUAAAGAUUCAGAUGGACUAGAACAGACAUUACCAUUCAAAACAACGCUCCAUGGUGGAUGGAUCAUUGGGAAUGUUCCAUUACUUGAUGUUUACGAUAUCAACUCUCAGGUUGUCCCUGCAUGCCUUCUGUCAAGGGUCGAUGGUAGGUUAGAAGGGUAGGAGGCGGGUGGGUAUGCUUGGGUUGGGAAGUAGGGUUGAGAUGCUGGGGUAAAGCUAUGUUCGUCUUCAUCUUCAGACUCCUCUCAUAUCAGUCCCAGGGAUGUACACCAGUGUUUCUCAUAGAACUGCUCUGCUGAGCUAAGGAGGCAACAGAAGAAGACCUGAGCUCUCUAUCCUAAUUUAUUUAUCCAGCACUGAAAUAACCCCUCUAUCUCAGGCGGCUAACUUUCACUUAAUCCUGCAUCUCCAUCUACCUUGGGUAACCAUGCUAGUGUGGGAGGUGUUGUGCAGAUAGAUGUGUAUAUCAUAAAUAGAUGCUAUUCCCAUAGACACUAGUCUCUUCAGAUAGCCAUUGAGUACCCUGACUACAUUCACAUAAACAGAGACAUAUGUCUUCUGUACCUGUUAUUCAUUCACCCAUCCUACAGAAGCUAUGUCUUCUGUACCUGUUAUUCAUUCACCCAUCCUACAGAAGCUAUGUCUUCUGUACCUGUUAUUCAUUCACCCAUCCUACAGAAGCUAUGUCUUCUGUACCUGUUAUUCAUUCAUCCAUCCUACAGAAGCUAUGUCUUCUGUACCUGUUAUUCAUUCAUCCAUCCUACAGAAGCAUACCGUAUGUAAACAAUCAGUAGAUUCCUUCAUUGCAUGAAUCGUCUGCUGGAGUUUAAAGCAUUUUCAAACAGUUGAUGUUUUGACUCUUCAUAUACUCUUCACCCUUCCCUCAUCAAUAACCUCUGACCUUUAUCUCCUGAACCCUAACCUGGAAGUGUACAUUUCUCCUGAUGGAAGACUGCUUUGCUGCUGUUCCCAGUGUUUGUGGAGAAGAUAUGCAGCUGUAGCUACUGUUGUUAGAGGCCUGUUAGAGCCAGCCACUCUGUGCUGCUGUGAUGGGCCCCUGAAGCCCUGCUACUGAGCCGACUGUUACAGGACCGAGUGAAUGAGGAACUGAUGCUCAAACACUGAUUAAGGGUCAAAAUGUCAUCUGCCAGUAGUUGUUCUUGGUCAGUUCAUGUAGUUAGGAAAAACUCCUGUUCCUAUAGUUCAUUGAGCUGAGAAACCCCAUUCUGGUGAUCACACCAAAGUUAAGAGGGACAGGGGCCGUGGGAUAUGCCUGACUGAAAAGAUGACGUAUUGUAGGAAAAAACUUUUUUGCACACUAAUUCUGGCCACAGAUUGGUCUGCCAGUCUGUAUAGUAUCCUAGAGAAGGAGCAUGAAAUUAGUGAUUUUUUCAUUCAUUUUUUAAGGGAAAUUGAUCAUACAAUUAAUGUUUAUCUGAGUGUGAUGCAUAUGUAUAUAUGUAAACAUUGGAGGACAAAUUAUUAUUAUUGAUUAUAACUAUUGUUAGUUGAAUUGGUGUGUGCGUCUGGGCUGAAGAUGAAGGUAUAAAUGUUAUAUGAUAGUUCAUAUCUAUGUAUUCCAGUCAGUCUCUCUCAUCGUCCAAAAGCACAUGCCUUCCUGAUGCUGAGUCCCUUCAUCAAGCCUGUUCUAUUCCUGCCCUCACAGGGCUUAUAGAAGCCACACAAACAGAUCUGAGACCAGACUACAUGUCAACGAUGGAAACCAUAAGAUUGUGUGUGUGUGUGUCUUUGUGUGCUUACAUCUGCGUGUGUGUUAUUUAUUUUAUGGUUCACCCCCUUUCGGCUUGGUGUUAAGUGUCAGAGGAUGUGGGCAAUCAAUGCUUUCCAAUAAUCUCUUAGUUUGGUUUAUCUGAAGAAUCAGAUGUGUAUAUAGAUAUCUGUAAAGAAAAUGAAGAAUUAAAUAAAUGUCAUCCUUUAA